AUGUCCUUGUCGAAUGAGGAGGUUAAUAAAAUCGAACUGUAUGCCGUAGAGGGCGUGGUCAACACCAACAAUUCUGAUGACAUUGUUGAGCUGAAUUGUGAUGAUAUCAAAUCUUCCAGUGAUAUUGAGCUGCUGGGAAUGGUUGUGUCCAAGCUGUCUGACAACGAAGAGGUCAUAAUUUCUAACAAGGAUUCUGUCAUUGAGCCAAUAGCUGGGAUGAGCAAGAAGGGUAAAUAUGUAGAUACCACAGCCAGACUGGGCGUCGUGUUUGCCAUGGGAAUUGGCAAUGAGACACUGGGUGCGGAAAAGGUAUCUGUCGACACAGACAACAGCAACAGCGAAGGCGACAAAAAUAGGCUUUCUGAAGGUUUAGCAACAGUUGUCUCGAUGGCUUGCCCUAGUAAAUUAUUUGGAUCCACUGAGGCUGCCAAACCCAACGGUGUUGGAGAAACCGGCGGCAAGUUCAGGUUCUUCGCCAAUGAGGAAUCCGCCGAUGGUGUAGGUAGGAAGAACACCACCACCGAGGGUUGCCCCGAUGUUAGCCUGGCCAGUGCCGGAAGCAGAUUGCGGGACAAUAAUCCCAUGAAUAGAGGAGGUCGGAAAUUCGGGUGCGGGGUAAGCUAG